AUGGCGGAUUUUGACUUCACGGGUCCAGUUAGCUUCCCAGACUUGGAGAAAACUGUUGAGCAAGCAAAAGCGGACGCAAAGACGUCUUCGAAGGAGGUUAUCAGAAGUUUAGUGACGUACAUUGAUUUGACUACCUUGGCUGGAGAUGAUACCAGAAAACGAGUGCAAGAUCUUGCCGCUAGGGCCUCAAAGCCCUUCCCGAACGUAUGUUACCUCUUUAUCUUCCUUUUUUUAUUUCGAUUUUUAGGAUCCAUCACUGAAAUGCGCUGCAGUUUGCGUUUAUCCCGCAAGAAUCGGUGAUGUAAAGGAGAAACUCGCAGAACUUGGCGAGCAAGAUGUUAAGAUCGCGUCAGGUACGUUUAGUUUUUCGAGUAUGAAUUUUUCUUAAUUUUUAGUUGUUGGAGGAUUUCCAUCUGGACAGUAUCAUCUGCAAAGUCGGGUUUUGGAAUGCCAGUUAGCUGCUGAAGAUGGUGCAGAUGAGUUGGAUACCGUUAUCAAUCGUGCCGCUGCGCUGGAAGGCAAGUGGAAGGUGGUUGAGGAAGAAAUAUUGCAAAUGAAACGGGCUGGAAACGGAAAACAUCUGAAGGUAAGAGAUAUUAUUUUGUUAUAGUGCUUGUCAUGGAUAACGUAAAAACUUUUCAUUUUACUGUUGUUUCAAUGGAUUUUUUUACAUUUUUGUUUGCUUUAAGGUGAUUCUGGCUACUGGUGAGCUCAAAAGCGUUGAGAAUAUUUAUCGCGCUUCGCUGGCUUCAAUUUUGGGAGGAGCCGACUUCAUCAAAACUUCAACCGGAAAAGAAUCCGUCAAUGCCACCCUGGAAGCGGCAUAUGUUAUGCUCGAAGUCAUCAAGGAAUAUUACGAGAAGACUGGUAAAAAAAUCGGAUUCAAGCCGGCUGGAGGAAUCAGAACUGUCCAGGAAGCGUUGGAAUACGUUUAUUUGAUCAAAAUUGUUCUCGGCGAUGAAUGGCUGACCCCGAAAUUGUUCCGAAUUGGCGCGAGCAGCUUGCUGGACAAUGUUCUCAAGGAGUUGUGA